AUGAACCAGAAAGAGGAAGAGAUCGAGCUCGGGGUGCUUCGAGAUGGCUACCCAGCGCUCGCGGACUGGAUAGCCCGCGAUCCGGACAACGAAACUUUCGUAUUUCGGAAGUUCGACAGGUUGGCAGCGAGGAACAUUCUACACCUGCAAGCCCAGUUGACCGCACUUGAACGCGAGAUCGAACAACUAGACGAAACGGCACGACAUAGUCCCGAAUCCAACGUCAGGCAGUCGUUAAGGCGUUAUGAGACGCUCAUAAACCGUGCCAAUGAUGCAGCAAACCCCGGAUCCCCAGAGAGCAGGUUGAUUACGAAGUUGAAAGAACUGAAAGAGCUGCUUAAGGACUAUCAUGAGGCAAUAUGUCGUCAAUCUCAAAUCAAUGGGAUGAAUCGGCCCCGUGAACGACCUCUUUCUGCUUUUCGAGAGUUUGUAGAUGGUAGUGCUUUCAAAGAUGAAGAUGGAAGUCCUAUGCCAAUCAUCAGUGGGCGUGCGAAAGCAUUUUUGAACAACCCAGAUGAUCUCGUCGCACUCACCAAGCCAGAAGAAGACGACUAUCUAUCGCGCUUUCUGCAGGAUCACUGGCUCUUUCGAAAGCGGCGGACCGCUGAUCCACUCGAUCGCACUACGAUCUACAAGAACGCAUAUAUAGUGCGGACGGUGGCGGCUUUUGAUCUAGUACUUGCCGCUGUCCUACUUAUUGGAGCCAUCAUUCAUUUAUACUUUGUAACAGACCCAAAAGCGAAGCUUGGUCUAGUGGCAAUGUACACAAUACUAUUUGCCUCUAGUAUGUUGCUGUGUACAAACGCGAGAAGGGCGGAAAUUUUCGCAGCUACAGCAACGUAUGCGGCUGUACUGGUGGUAUUCGAGAAGAAAGAGUUUGCUAUCCCUUGGGACCGAGAUUCUGUUGGACAGGAACUUCAGGAUCUACGACGACCGGGCGCCAAUAGUGCGAGUAGCAGCGACCCCAACGACAAGAUGAUGAAGUUGCUGCCGGGCAACGAUGUCGACAUCAAUGAGGGGAAUGAUAUAGCUCGCGGUGCGAUGCAUUCGAUGAGGCAGUAG